AAACCAGUUUUCGUACUCCACCACAAGAAUGCUCUUUAAGUUUAUAACAUUGAACAGUUUUAUUUUUUUAUCCUUAACUUCUUAACAUAAUAUAUUAAUUCCGAGUAUUAAAUGUUAAUUUUUCAUACUUAAACUUACACUGAUUCUCAAAACUUUUUAAUGAGCAAACUAUAAUUUGUUUUAAGGACAAUAUCAUACUACAGACUUUUACUUUUGAUAAGCACUGAAAGAUACAAUUUAUAGAUGGUCCUCCAGUUGUUUUAGAUGACGAAAUCUCCAGGCAAACACUUGAGAACGAUUGACGACAACGUGUCGGAGGACCGUGCACGGCAGUGUAGUACGUGGUUGGCGGUUGCGAACACGGACGGUUCACCGAAUCUGUGGAAGCUAUGAAGGGCGAAAAAGAGAUGGAGGUCACCGGCGUGGAUGACAAAGGACGACCAAACCGUAACGUUGAGAACCCAGAACGAACCAGAGUCAAGCCCAACCUUAAGGGAGACAUGCUAAACGUGGCUUUACUUGUACUUCUGUACACAUUACAGGGUAUACCGAUUGGGAUUUCUUCAGCCAUAAGGACUUACGUGCAAAACAAAAAGGUCUCGUAUGGCCAACAGGCGAAGUUCAGUAUGGUCGAUCUACCGUACAGUUUAAAGCUGCUGUUGGCUCCAUUGAUAGAUACAUUGUAUUCACGCCAAUUUGGGAAACGGAAGACCUGGCUGGUUCCCAUACAGUGUUGCCUAGGACUGGCAUUGAUUUUCGUCGGGUCGAAUAUCAACGAAUGGUUACUGGAUAAUAAUGUGGAAAUGACUACACUGACAUGCGUUUUUUUUUGCGUGAACGUGUUGGCUUCCACUCAAGACAUCAUCAUCGAUGGAUGGUCACUCACCCUGUUAAGAAGAGAAAAUGUGCCAUACGCCUCAACUUGUAAUACGUCCGGUCAAACAUUGGGUAUAGCUUUGGGAUACAUGUUUUUUAUACUGUUCGAGUCCGAGGAAUUUUGUAAUAAAUGGCUGCGUUUUACCGAUCAAAAAGGCGGUAUCAUCACGAUGAAAGGAUAUUUAUACUUUUGGGGAAUAAUAUUCUGUGUGGUCGCCGUGCUGAUCACAAUAUUCAAAAAAGAGAAACUGGAUCCGUCCGAUACAUUUGUCGGCAAAACGAAAAUCUGUGAUACAUAUCAACUGCUCUGGAAGAUCUUACAUCUUCCAACUAUACAGAAAUUCACCAUAGUCAUGCUGACAUAUGAAGUAGCAUUUUCGUCCUUGGGAACAUAUGUGUCGAACCCAAAAUUUAUGGAAUAUGGCGUGGAAAAAGAGGGAAUAGUUGUUGUUGACAUGACAUUGAUUCCAAUAAAAAUAAUCACGCCCCUCAUUAUCGCUAGAUUCACGACUGGGCCGAGACCGUUGGAAAUAUUUUAUAAGACUGUACCAUAUCGGUUGAUUAUGGGUAUUAUGUCUGCCGUACUCGUUUACUACACCCAUAGUUUUAUCAACGACAAGAGCAAUAACGGAUACCUAAACUUUUUCCUAAUUUAUGAAUUACACCGCGUUUUGAGACUGAUGCUGUCGGUAUUCAUUUACCUGGGCGUGCAAGCAUUCUUUUUACGGAUCAGCGACCCUCGGAUUGGUGGCACGUACAUGGCACUUCUUAACACCGUGUGGUACCUCGGAGUGGCUAUGGCCAGAACCAUAGCGCUUGGCAUGCUCAACGUGUUGACGAUUAAACGGUGUUCGACUGAUGAAUCGAACUUGUGUUGGACCAAGGCAGCGGUAGAGGAUUGCGAGUUGCACAGUGGAGGAGAUUGCAUUACUGUAAUAGACGGUUACUUUGUGGAAGUUUUCAUCUGCACGAUAUCUGGAGUGAUUUGGUACUUGACCUUGAGAAGAAUUCUUAAAAACUUACAGUCCACGGAAACGGACGAGUGGCAAGUAAACAAUGUUAGACUAGCCAUUGCGGACAAAAAUAACGGCAGUGAUACUUGUUGCAAAUUGCCUGAUAUAGUCGAUUGUAAUUCUCCAAAAUCUAACUAAAUAUCUAUCGGUUUUCGUUAGAAAUUUUACUUUAAUGUUUUUUAAUUUUUUUUUUUUUUUUUUUUAAUUACAUUGAAGGUUAAUAAUUAUCUUGUGGAUUUAUACAGACUAAUUAUACACUAUUACAAAUUGAUGUUAUAAUACAUUACGUA